AUGUCCAAGUCGCUUCUCACGCACCUCAACUCCUUCACGCGCAAGGGCGCGCCCGAGCCGCGCGCCGCAGAGGGCGGCCUGCGCAACGACCUGCUGCUGCGCGCCGCGCGCGGCGAGGAGACGGAGCGCGCGCCCGUCUGGGUCAUGCGCCAGGCCGGGCGCUACCUGCCCGAAUUUCGUGCGCUGCGCGAGAAGCACGAGUUCUUCGAGUGCUGCCGCAACCCCGAGCUUGCGUCGGAGAUCACGAUGCAGCCGAUCCGGCGCUACUCUGGCCUUCUGGACGCGGCCAUCAUCUUCAGCGACAUUCUCGUCAUUCCGCAAGCCAUGGGUCUCGUCGUCGAGAUGCACCCCGGCAAGGGCCCUCACUUCCCCGCGCCACUCGUCGAGCCCAAGGACAUGGAGCGGCUGACGAAAAAGGUGGAUGUGGAGAAGGAGCUGGGAUACGUGUACGAUGCGAUCCGCAUGACGCGCACCAAGCUCGCGGGCGAGGUGCCGCUGAUUGGCUUCUGCGGCGCGCCGUGGACGCUCAUGGCAUACAUGGUCGAGGGCGGCGGCAGCAAGACGUUUGAAAAGGCCAAGCGCUGGCUGUACAAGUACCCGGAGCAGAGCAAGGAGCUGCUGCAGCGCAUCGCAGAUCUCUGUGCCGAGUUCCUUGUGGGCCAGGUCAAGGCGGGCGCGCAGAUGCUGCAAGUCUUCGACUCCUGGGCCGGCGAGCUGACGCCCGACGACUUCCGCACCUUCUCGCUGCCGUACCUCAAGUACAUUGCCGCGGCGGUGCGCGACGAGCUCUCCUCUUCCUCCGUCAAGGCCGUGCCGAUGAUCUGCUUCGCCAAGGGCGCGCUGGGCCACUCGCUGCCCGACGUCGCCAAGGCCGGCUACGACGUCGUCGCGAUUGACUGGACGGUGGAGCCGUCGGUGGCGCGCCACAUUGUCGCACAGGCGGCGCCCGGCGUCGUGUACCACAAGGGCGCCGCGGCCAACGAGGCGGGCCACCGCAUUGCGCUGCAGGGCAACAUGGACCCCUCGGUGCUGUACGCGGGCAACGAGGCCAUCGAGCGGGCCGUGGAGCGCAUGUGCCGCGCGCGCAAGGGCGGCUUUGGCGGCUCGGGCGCCUACAUUGCCAACCUGGGCCACGGCAUCACGCCCGGCGUCGACCCCGAGGCGAUGCGCUUCUUCCUCAAGACGGUGCACCGCGUCUCGGCCGAGGUGGCGGCGGCCAAGGACGACGAGUAG